UCAAUAAUGUUGUCACAACUAAAUGGCAGAGUAAGUACUGAUGGGUUUUUAUUAUUAUCAUUUAAAUUUGCAACAGCUAGUUAAUCUAAUUAGAAUUAUAUGUUUAAUUUAUUCAUUCCCUUGGGGGCAAGUCGAAGCCCUAAUUGAUACGUGUAUGUAUGUAUAUGUAUGUAUAUAUGCCAUCUGGAUUCAACACCAACAUAUUUCCAGCUCUCCAUUGCCAGUCAAACAAUAUAUAUAUAUAUAGAUAUAGAUGUAGAUAUUUCUGUUCCAAAACUACCCUCACUUCCAUUAUUUGGCAGAGCUUGAGCUCACUCUGUGUGUCAUCUCCUUCUUCAUCUCCUUCCACAUACCUCUCUCUGCAUUUUUCUUCAGUAAGUCUACAAUAAUACAAAAAUGGGGAUUUUUGGAGGCCACGAAUCGAAGAUUCGAGUCGUGGAUUUCUCACUGAGGCUGUUGGUGGUUCCACUCAGCGCUGCAGCAUCCAUAUGGAUCACCGUCACCACCAAGCAGAAUAAUUCCGACUAUGGCACUUUGGAAUUCAGCAAUCUCACUGCUCUCGAGUAUAUGGUUUGCGUGAGCGCAAUAUCUGCUGGAUAUGCAGUUCUGACUGCACUAUCUUCGCGGCAGAAAUGGCUGCUAAAAAAACCAUGGAUCCUCUUCGUUGCUGACCAGAUAAUAGCGUACUUAAUGGUGACGUCAAUGGCAGCGCAAGGGGAGUUCCUGUACCUGGCCUACAAUGGCGACGAGGCAGUGACGUGGAGCGAGGGAUGCCCGUCGUAUGGGAAGCUGUGCAGAAGAGUUGUAGUGGGGUUGAGUCUCCAUGGAAUUGGGGUCUGCUGUUUCCUGUUGUUGGCUGUGUUUUCUGCUUAUACUGUGUUUAACAGAUUCCAGCCUCCUUUGCUUUCUGAUCAUAAUAAAGAAGAACAGGAAAUGACUUAAAUCACCCUUUCAAGUUUCAAUUCACCUCAAAUAAUUGUUU